AUGAAUUCUUCCCCAUCUUCACAGUAGACAGAAGGCUGGUGCCUGUGUCAGGCAAGCAUGAAGUUGGUUGCUGUAACUUUCUGUGUCCUCUGCUUUCAGUUUGAAGCCCUGUAUGGAGUUGACAGCUGCUCGUCAAGUCCAUGCAAAAAUAUAGAUCAGCCUCAUGUCUCUGACUCCCAGGUGAUGGUGGAAUUUGAAAAUGGAAGCUUCAAGUUCACAUUCCCCAAGCCCAAAAAUGUGAGUGAGUUCAGCAUGACCCUCUUCAAAGGGCACGAAAAGAAGGAGAUCUGUGCACUUCAUUUGAAUGAGGAGAAAGUUGUCUCCAAGACCAAUGUCACCUACUGUCACACAGAGCAUUCAAAUAGCAGCACCACUUUCAUUCUUAAAAAUCUGGAAAGAAAGCAUAUCGACAUUUAUACCUACUGCCUGGAGAUGUUCUUCCCCCCUCCAUAUAUUGACUGCCAGCUGAAAGAAACCUAUUUGUACAUCCCAGGUAAGGAAGACUGCAUUUCACUGGGACUCAUGUCAUGGAUAAUUACAGGCCUGAUCAUGCUUGUCAUGAUUUCCUGUGUCUGCUGUGUUGUAGCCUGUUGCUUAAGGAACAAAAAUCAGCAGUGUGAAUCCAACUCUCAUGAGUACAACAGUGAAUACAUGCCUAUGGCUGCAGUGAAUGCAGCUAAAAAAACAAGAGUCUGA